GGGCGAACCAAGAGCUGUUAUUCUGGGAAUUUGUCCUGCAGUGGAGGGAGAGAGACCAGUGAGACCGAAUUCAUUUGGAAGACGAGAUCUGAGUCACACAGAAGUCACAGUCUCAGUCUCCCAUGGGGCAUUUCUGAGGAUUAAAGGAAGAAGGGAUGAGAAAAUGAAAGAGGAGAACGCAGAAAGGAGAGCAGCAUUACCUGGGGACGUUUUCUCCCACACACACCUGUGCUGAGAGGGGAUUAUUGGAACACACACCUGUGUACCUGUGUGCUUGUCAGUCAUGGAGGCGAUGCUUCUGAGUCUGGGAGAGAGUAUGUGUGUGAGGCACAGUGCAUUGUGGGAUGUGACCUCGGCCGCCCUCAGAAGAUUGAGGCACACACAUAUCAGAGCUCCUGACAUCCUGGUCCGAGCCGUCUACCAGAUGACGGAAGGGCGGAGAUGUCAGGUCCAUCUCCUGGAUGACAGGAAAUUGGAGCUCCUGGUACAGCCCAAGCUAAUGGCGAAGGAUCUUCUAGACCUGGUGGCAUCCCAUUUCAACCUGAAGGAGAAGGAAUAUUUUGGAAUCUCUUAUGUAGAUGAGACGGGUCAUUUCAGCUGGUUGCAGUUAGAUCGUCGUGUUCUGGAACACGAGUUUCCUAAGAAAUCUGGACCCAUUGUGCUUUAUUUCUGCGUUAGGUUCUACAUAGAAAGUAUCUCUUACCUUAAGGACAAUGCCACAAUAGAGCUGUUCUUCCUCAAUGCAAAGUCCUGCAUCUAUAAGGAGCUCAUAGAGGUGGACAGCGAGGUGGUGUUUGAACUGGCCUCUUAUAUCUUACAGGAAGCUAAAGGAGACUUCACGAGUAAUGAUGCUACUAGGGCUGAUCUGAAGAAACUGCCAGCACUGCCUACACAAGCACUGAAGGAGCACCCUUCACUCGCAUACUGUGAGGACCGGGCCAUUGAGCACUAUAAGAAGCUAAGUGGACAGUCCAGAGGUCAGGCUAUCGUCAAUUAUAUGAGUAUAGUGGAGUCGUUACCCACAUAUGGAGUGCAUUAUUAUGCUGUUAAGGAUAAGCAGGGUAUCCCGUGGUGGCUGGGUUUGAGUUAUAAAGGCAUUUUUCAAUAUGACUACCAGGACAAAGUCAAACCAAGAAAGGUGUUCCAAUGGAGACAGUUGGAGAAUCUGUACUUCAGGGAGAAGAAGUUCUCAGUGGAAGUCCAUGAUCCGAGAAGGGCGUCGGUAACGCGGAGGACGUUUGGUCACAGUGGCAUCGCCGUGCACACCUGGUACGCCUGUCCCACCCUCAUCAAAUCCAUCUGGGCCAUGGCCAUCAGUCAACACCAGUUCUACCUGGACCGCAAACAGAGCAAGAGUAAGAUCCACGCAGCACGCAGUCUGAAUGAGAUAGCCAUAGACCUGACAGAAACAGGAACCCUCAAGACCUCCAAACUGGCCAACAUGGGCAGCAAAGGCAAAAUCAUCAGUGGCAGCAGUGGAAGCCUGCUGUCCUCAGGCUCUCAAGAGUCAGACAGCUCCCAGACCGCUAAGAAGGACAUGUUGACGGCUCUGAGGGCCAGACAGGAAGCUCUGGAGGAGACGCUGAGAAAGAGAAUAGUGGAACUCAAGAGCAUUUGCAUCAGAGAAGCGGAGCUGACAGGAAAACUUCCAAAAGAGUACCCUCUCGACCCCGGGGAGGAGCCGCCCACCGUCAGACGCAAAAUCGGCACCGCCUUCAAACUGGACGAGCAGAAGAUCCUGCCCAAAGGAGAGGAAGAGGAGUUGGAGUGUUUGGAAAGGGAAUUUGCCAUCCAGUCCCAGAUAACGGAGGCAGCGCGGCGGUUAGCAUCCGAUCCUCACAUCAGCAGCAAAAAACUGAAGAAACAGAGGAAGACAUCAUAUCUGAAUGCUCUGAAGAAGCUGCAAGACAUCGAGAACGGCAUCAACGAGUACCGUGUUCGCUCUGGGAAGAAACCCACACAACGUGCAUCUCUAAUCAUAGAGGAAGCGAAUAUCGGCUCAGAGGACAGCUCACUGUCUGACGCCCUGGUGCUGGAUGAUGACGACCCCCAGGUGACAGGAACCCCUACGUUCUCUCCGGCUGCCUCCCCACACAAAGGUCUCCCUCCCCGACCCCCGUCCCACAGCCGACUGCCUCCCCCACAGUCCCUGGACGGACUGAGACACCUGCAUUUCCAACGCAGUGACUAUGACAAGUCCCCGAUCAAACCGCGCAUGUGGAGCGAAAGCUCAUUAGACGAACCCUACGAACGGGUGAAGAAACGCUCCUCACACUCCAGUAGUCACAGGCGGUUCCCCAGCACUGGCUGCUGUGAGGUGGGAGGUAGCAACUCUCUCCAGAACAGCCCUGUGCGCUCCCUCCCUCACUGGAACAGCCAGUCCAGCAUGCCCUCCACCCCUGACCUGAGAACACGGAGCUAUGUGCACUCGGCCAGUUUAACUCAGCCAUUCCGUGGCCGGAGUUCCAGUUUGGAGUCUCAGGGGAAGCUGCUAUCCUUGGAGGUGGACACAGAGGCGGGACUUAGCCCUGACCUGUUUCUGUCAGGACCACAGAGGACAGGAAGCAAUGGCUCUGUUGUCCCCGACGACUGCUCAUCUUGCACCAGCCACUCCAGUUCAGAACAUUACUACCCCUCAUCCACCUCCAACCCUAACUACUGUACGCUGGCUGAAGACUCGCCUUCCAAAGCCCGACAGCGGCAGCGUCAACGUCACAAGUCUGCCGGACACCUGGGCACGUCCAGCUCUGGCAGCAUGCCCAACCUGGCGGCCCGCAAUGGGAGCACCCACGGAGGUGUGUGCGGUAGCCACCAGGGUGUGUACCUCCACAGCCAGAGCCAACCCUCCUCGCAGUAUCGCAUCAAAGAGUACCCGCUGUACACGGAGGGCAGCAGCCCCAGCGCCGUGGUUGUCCGCAGCCUGGAGAACGACCAGGAGGGGCACUACAGUGUCAAGGCACAGUUCAAGACCUCCAACUCAUACACAGCCGGGGGGCUUUAUAAGGAGGGGUGGGGCUCCGGGGAGGAUGGGGAAGCGGGUGGUGGCAGCGGGAGGUUGACGCCCUCCCGCUCACAGAUUGUGAGGACUCCGUCUCUGGGCAGGGAAGGAGGAGGAGGAGGGGGGCGGGCAGCGGUGUCAGAGGAGCUGCGGUGCUGGUACCAGCGCUCAUCUGGAUCGAUAAAGGAGCACAGCCGCGUCACUCACACCAACUCCAAUGCUUCAGAUGGCCGUGGAGGACGAAUAGGGACACUAGUGAAGGGGUCACCAGGUAAGCAGAUCAAAUAUAAAUGA